AUGGAUCCUCCAGAACAGGAAAGACGCAGCAGCCCUCGUCUUCAUAGAACCACACAACCAAACCCGGAAACUCAAUAUAUUCCUACGCAAGUGCCGCCGCUGACUCCAGGCACGAACAAAACGAUGGCAGAGGCGCUGAAAGCGUCAUUUGCCUCGUGGGAAAAAGAACAAUUGAGGUUAAAUAUAACCAAAGAUCCCAGGGAAUGGACGGAAAACCAUGUGGCCCAUUGGUUACAUUGGGCCGCCAAAGAGUUUUCCCUGGACUGCAUACCCCUGAAUCAGCUCAGAAUGAAAGGGAAAGACAUCUGCUCAAUGGGAAAAGACGCUUUUUCCGCCAGGGCUCCUGCUUUCGUCGGAGACAUCCUGUGGGAACAUUUGGACCUCUUACAAAAAGAUGUGGAAAAAGAGAGAGCGCUAAACAACUCUGUCGAAACUACUAACUUGUACGAGCCAAUGUGCGUUCCAGAACUAACUUAUAUUGAUUAUACGCAAGCACCUGGAGUCUUACAAGACGAAUCCCGGAAACCGGUGUCUGUUCAUUCGCCAGUUCCUCAGAAUAAUUCGAACCCUCCUCCUACGAACAACAAUUUCCUACACGAGG